AGAGAGAGAGAGAGAGAGAGAGAGAGAGAGAGAGAGACACACGGCGGAUUCCCCAUCACAACCAAGAUGGCGGCGGAGCGGACAGCCGGCUCGGCUCGAUGACUGACAGAAGAAGCCUCGUUCAGUUGGACAACUAACGGUUAAAGUCUGAGAGAGGGGAAAUAUCUGUCUACAUAUACAGACAAAACAAACCAAAUACAAACACCCCCGCACCGGUCAUCUCACCUUUUCGGUACCGACAGCGCUGUAAUGAAACAGCACCGGUAGACGACGCCGGCCGAAGUUGUGUGUGGGGACUAAUUUGACGUUCACAAACGGGGCAGUUGGCGGGGAUGGGAGAUGAUGGAGGACAAAGGCCCUCGUGUAGCCGACUACUUUGUGGUGGCCGGUUUGACGGACCCGUCCAAGCCGUUGGACCAGGAGAUCCACUUUGAUGACGUCUGCCACAAGACGGCCAAGCCUAAAGCGCCCGUCACCGACGUGGCUCUGGUAAUCCGCUCGAUGGGGGAGGAGGUGCCACCAGGGUUCACCUGCAUAGAGACAACACCAACCGGCCAGUCAGCUGAUCUCAACAAUGGUGGCCUCAUGGCGCCCCAGAUAUUCCUGUGCUACAGGCGAGGUCGUGACAAGCCCCCACUCAUCGACCUGGGUGUGCUGUAUGAGUGGAAGGAGCGACUAAAGCAGGGCUGCCACCUCAUUCAGACCACACCCUCCGGUCGUCCAGCCAAUAUCAGCGGCAAUUCCUCCCAGCGCAUCUAUGUCACCUACCGCCGGGCGCCCGAGAGUCAGCCACACGCCGCCCUGGCUGUCACCGACAUCUGCAUCAUCAUCCCAAGCAAGGGAGAGACACCUCCCCACACCUUUUGUAAGGUGGAGAAGAAUCUCAACAGCAGCAUGUGGGGCUCCUCUGUCUACCUGUGCUACAAGAAGUCUGUGGCCAAAACCAACACAAUAGCCUACAAAGCAGGUUUAUUCAGUAGAUAUCCAGAGGAGGACUAUGAGUCAUUCCCGCUUCCAGAGUCUGUCCCCCUCUUCUGCCUCCCCAUGGGGGCCACAAUUGAGUGCUGGCCAGCGAACACCAAAUACUCCCUGCCUGUUUUUUCCACCUUUGUCCUCACGGGAGCUUCUGGAGAGAAGGUGUACGGUGCUGCCAUUCAGUUCUACGAGCCCUUCCCGCAGGAGUGUCUGACCGAUCAGCAGCUCUCCCAGCUGGGCCUCCUGAACCUGGAUCCACACAAACCCUCCUCCCCCAACGCUACGGCUGCAGCAGCUACCGACAGCACCACCACCACCACCACCACCAGCAGCAGCACCGCCAACCCCCGCUUGGUCUACACCAACAAGUGUAUCUGUCUGCUCUCCCACUGGCCCUUCUUCGACGCUUUCCGCAAGUUCCUCACAUUCCUCUAUCGCUACUCCAUCUCUGGCCCUCACGCCCUGCCCAUCGAGAAGCACAUCUCUCAUUUUAUGCACAAAGUUCCCUUCCCUUCCUCUCAGAGGCCUCGCAUCCUGGUGCAGCUUUCCCCUCACGACAGCCUGAUGUUGAGCCAGCCGGUGUCUUCUCCGUUACCGCUCAGUGGAGGUCGAUUUUCCACGCUGCUCCAAAACCUCGGACCAGAGAACGCCGUCACCCUGCUGGUGUUUGCUGUCACCGAACAUAAGAUCCUGGUCCACUCGUUACGACCGGCUGUACUCACCAGCGUCACUGAAGCUCUGGUGUCUAUGAUCUUCCCGUUCCACUGGCCAUGUCCGUAUAUUCCUCUGUGCCCCCUGGCGUUGGCUGACGUGUUGAGCGCCCCCUGUCCAUUUAUCGUAGGAGUGGACUCUCGUUACUUUGAUCUCUAUGACCCCCCACCAGAUGUGAGCUGCGUGGACCUGGACACAAACACCAUCUUCCACAACGAAGAUAAGCGAGCCCUCACAUGGAAGAUCCUGCCAAAGAAAGCCUGUAAAAACCUAAUGAAUGUGCUGAGCAAUCUCUACCAGCAGCUGGUUGAUGGUCAGCACAGACCUGACGGGCUGCUGGAGCUCAGCAUGAGCGAUUCGUCAGAGCUGAGCUGCGGGAAGAGCCUCCACACGCUGGAGCUGGAGAUCCAGGAAGCCUUCCUCCGCUUCAUGGCAGCCAUUUUGAAGGGUUACCGUUCAUUCUUACGACCGAUCACCCAGGCACCGUCUGAGAAAGCCACUGAUGCUAGCUCGCUUUUUGACUUGCAAGGGUUCUUGAAGAGCCGCGACCGCUCACACCAGAAGUUCUACUCACUGAUGACCAAGACCCAGAUGUUCAUCCGCUUCAUCGAGGAGUGCUCUUUUGUCAGCGACAAAGACGCCAGCCUGGCCUUCUUUGACGACUGUGUGGACAAACUCUACAAUUCAGAGCGGAGUGCAGACAAAGGAGGCAAGGUGGACUGUGACAGGCCGGAGGAGUCCAGGCUCAUAGAGAUUGAUGAAUCCCAGCGUAGUGAGCACACAGUCUUCAUCACACCUCCAGAGCUGCCUCCUCUGCCCGAGGGGGAGGAAUAUCCACUCUGCUACAGGUACGACGGCUUCCCAGUGCUAAGUCUUGACCUGUUUGACCCUAUGGAAGGCCUGCGGACCCCCUCCUCCCGCCUCACUGCCAGGCACAGCUGUCCCACCAGCCCCGCCCCCAUGUUUAGACGCACCAAGCAGGAGAUCAAAUUGGCCCAGAAGAUAGCUAAGAAGUACUCAUCCAUCCCUCAGCUGUGGUCCAAGUGUCUGCUCCGUCACUGCUACGGUCUGUGGUUCAUCUGUCUGCCAGCAUACGUGAAGGUGUGCCACUCCAAGGUGAGGGCGCUUCGCACCGCCUACGACGUCCUCAGGAAGAUGCAGGCAAAGAAACUGCAGCCCCCCGACGAGGUCUGCUACCGGGUGCUGAUGCAGCUCUGUGGACAGUAUGGUCAGCCUGUUCUGGCAGUCAGGGUGCUCUUUGAGAUGAAGAAGGCUGGAGUCCAUCCCAAUGCCAUCACGUACGGCUACUACAACAAGGCGGUGUUGGAGAGCACGUGGCCCUCCAGCACCAGAGGAGGAUACUUCCUGUGGAUGAAGCUGAGAAACGUCAUUCUGGGCGUGGCGCAGUUCAAACGGGCUCUACGAAGACAGGCCCCCCACACGCAGAGCCCUCUGUCAGAUGGCAGCGACCUGGACGCUGUGAGUCACGGCAGCCUGGAUAGCUCUGCCGACACUAACCUGGCCGAGCAGGGCCCCUACGCCACUGACUCCGUCAAAGUAGACCCCACUGAUGAUAGAUCUAGCACAGUCGGCCGUGGGGGCGGCAGCGUGGGCGCCAGGGCCCUGGUGACCCACUCACACUGGGGGGGCUCUGAGCUCAGAGAAGCCACCCUCCACCCAGGAGAUCAGUCAGAUUUGGGUUAUAACUCGCUGUCCAAAGAGGAGGUUCGGAGAGGAGACCCCAGUGCCCAGGACACAGCCGCUGACAAGGACGACAAGAAGGAGAGCGACUGCAGCUCCUUGUCAGAGACGGAGAGCUCCAAAGGAAGUAAAGACUGCCUUCCUCAGCUGGAGAUGGAUGUCCAUUCCUCCUUCAAACCCCGUGGCAUCGUCCGCAGCAGCUGCCCAUACGACGAUUCAUCCUGUAAACCCAAGAGCUCCGUCAGCACAGGCCACGUCGCAGGUCUCCUCUUCACUUCCUCCCUGGACGAGAUCGGCGAAGUCAACACUAACAGUUUGCUCAGGAGACAUAAGAGUGCUCUGGAGGAGGUGGUGGGCAGCGCCAGCAGUGGCUCAGCUCUCGACUGGCAAGGCGUGAGGGGCCGCCGCCUGAGCGGAGACACGGUGGGCAGCAGCGGCAGCGGCACCACCGUCCUCGGCCUGGGUAUGAGCCAGGGUGAAACCGACCCAGAUAAGAUCGCAGGACACUUGGGCGCAGAUGCCAAAAUCCUCUCUGGUGCCAACCUGGGUAAGAGUAAGAGGCCUCGUUCGCUGGUUUUGGGCGGGUUAGAGGGGGCUGCGGCUAAGACAGGGGCUGCCAGAAGUCUGGAUCACAGGGAGGAAGAAGAGGACAUGGAGGGGCAGGACUCCAGUGAUGAGGACAGAAGUAACACAGAGGCCAUUUUUGAUUUGGAGGAUCUGGAUUUAGACAAGCCUGCCACAGGGGCUGGCGUCAGCUCUCAUAAAAGCAACAAACCUCAUAAGAAACUUAUUGAACGCAGCGCCAGCUACAGCCCCAUGAGCACGGUGACGUCCAGAGGAGCUGUGAAGCGCACGGACAUCGAGAUGGGCUACGACCCUCUGUCACUGCUGGCAGCAGAGUCUCAGUCCGAGCAGCAAACUGAGGAUCAGUACCCAGAAGGGGACGAGGCCGGCACCCCGAGCGCCCGGAGGCACCUGGCCAGGGAGAUAGAACUGUACAUGAACCAUAUGGGCAGCCCACUGAGCAGCCGCACGCCCAGCCUUGACCUGCAGGAUCCAGCCAGCCCCCUCCUCCUCCACCCCUCCUCACUCACUGCCCCCCGCAGAGCCAGUCUGCCCCACAGCUCUCCCCUGAGGGCUGCUGGAGUACCACGCUCCCGCACAUACCACCCGCCCUCACCCUCCCAGCCUAUCUCACGCCAGCGUCUGUGGUCGUCGCCCCCCUGUCGCAGCUCUAGCACAACGCCCAGUCCCAGCCCUCGCCCCAGCCCCUACAAAGAGAGGACAGACAGGAUGAACCUGGCGUCGCCUUCACCCUCCUCCUCCUCUUUCGCUCUGGACACUCUGCUCACACCGACGCUGGAUGUAUUCAAGACCAGUAUGUUCUCCGCUGGGAAGGGUGUGGCGGAGAAGGCGAGCCGCUGGUAUUCCCGUCUUGCCACAUACACCACACCUACCAAGGACGGUCACUGUGACCGUCUGAGUGUGUCCUCCCUUGGUAUCGGCGAUCCAGACUGCACCUCCCUGCUGGAUGAGGAGGACUGCGGGGUGUUGGAGAGCUCCGUGGUCUCACCACAGAGGAACGGCCCCGCCGGGCCUCGCAGGAGCCCCAGACGCAGCCCCCUCCGAAGCAGACUGGAAAGCCCCUCUGCAGGUUCCAGCCAUGGGAGAACCACAUCUCUGCUCCCUGGGUGUGCUAUCUCUCCCCCUGGCUUCCCUCUGCCGGACAAGUCGGACCUCGGCUCAUCACGCUACACCAGCAACACCAGCAUCUUCAACAACUACGCCAUGGAGCUGCUGAUCUCCAGCUGUUCUCGCUGUAAGACGUGUGACUGUCUGGUGUACGACGAGGAGAUUAUGGCCGGCUGGACAGCAGACGACUCCAACCUGAACACCACCUGUCCCUUCUGUGGGAACCCCUUCCUGCCCUUCCUCAAUGUGGAGAUCAGGGACAUGCGAGGACCUGGCAGGCUUUUCCUGAAGGGCAGUCCAUCAGUGGACGAGGCGAUGACCUCAUCGUACUCUGCCUCAACGGGUUUGGACACGGGGACGUCCACCUUGUCCACACCCUGUCCCACAACAGCUGCCCCCCCUCCCUUCCCUGUGAUUGCUGUCCAGGAGUGCUCGGGAAGCGGAAGGACGCGAUCAACCAGGACGCAAGGUAUCAAUAUCCCCCCAGAGCGCCGGCAGGGGGCGCUGUCCCCCGGAGCGCCCAUGGCCCGCAGCGUCAGCGCCUUUGGUCCUAUGGACCAAGCAUCCCGACCCAACCGCUGUGUGCCGACGUCAGGCAGCCUGCCCAGCCGUCUCAAUGAAACCACGGAUCCACUGAGCAUGGAGUGGCGGCUCCACAACCCUGAGCCAGUGACGGUUCCCUACCUGAGCCCGCUGGUGUUGUGGAAGGAGCUGGAGAGUCUUCUGGAGAACGAGGGCGACCCGGUGAUCACUGAGGCCGACAUGGUGGACCAUCAUCCCAUCAUCUACUGGAACCUGGUCUGGUAUUUCAGACGGCUGGACCUGCCCAGCAACUUACCCGGUCUCAUUCUCACCUCGGAGCACUGCAACAGGGACUCCCAGGUUCCUCGUCACUGGAUGUCGGAGGACAGUAAACACGUACUGAUCCAGAUCCUGUGGGACAACCUCAAGCUGCACCAGGACCCCAUCCAGCCCCUCUACAUCCUCUGGAACACAUACAGGCUUAAUUGUACUCUGUUGUUAGAGAAUGUGGGUUACCCUCUGUCCCGGCCGGUCCCGGAGGAGGAGAAGCCGCUCAGCGAGGAGUUGCUGCAGAGUGUGGUGAAGAGCAUCCAGAGGAACGACGUCAGCCGACCGAUGGCUCAGCUGCUGCAGCUGCUGGGUCAGACGCUCGGGGUCAAGAGGCAAAGGAGUUUGUACAGAGACAUCCUCUUCCUCUCCCUGGUGGCUCUGGGAAAAGAUAACAUCGAUAUCGACGCCUUUGAUCGCGAGUACAAGUUGGCGUACGACCGCCUCGUGCCGAGCCUGGUGAAGCUGACCCAUAACUGUGACCGUCCUCCCAGCACGGGUGUCAUGGAGUGUCGCAGGACGUUCGGAGAGCCUUACCUGUAAACGCUCACCUUCACACACCAGGAUCAACUCUCACCACCCAUGUCAUUGCUUUAAGACGAGCUCAGGAAACCUGUUGGAAGACUGUGAAUGUGCACUACCGUAAUGUUCAGAGAAAACUCAGUAAGUGAUCAUAAAGGUACAGUUGACUGUGGUCAGCGUCAUGUAGCCUGAAACAAAACAAAGAAAAACAAGUUUUACAGACUUUAUAUCCACUAAGCGACGAUGGAAACACCACUCACACGUUCAUAAACACCACUUCAUCCAGUGUCGUCGAGUGAGACUCACCUGCUUUCUAUGGAAAUCCUGUGAAAAUUAUUAAAGCAGUAGAGGAUUUUUUUAAAUGCAGCAUUUAUAUUGUAUAGUCAUACAGUAUAUGAAGACUAAUACUAGCAAUAUUUUAACUUGAAGUCUAUUUAUACAGAGUCAGCUUUAUUUAUUGCAGUGUCUUCUUUUUGUCGGGCGUAGUGUUUUAUCGUGUCCUGUAGUCGCUGGGCGUUUGUUGUCUCGCAGCAACACCCGCUGCUCAUGUGGAAAAGAUGUUACAAUAGGGAUUUAGUGUCUGUUGUAAAUAAUGACUAAGUUUCAGUGAUUUAUGAGUUGGGGCAUAAAAAAAAACCAUUUAAAUCAGAGCUGCAGUGAUCGGUCAAUCCACAGAAACUGAUUAAUCAUUUCAGUCAUUAUUCAGAAAUACUAAAUAUUCUGAAUAUCUUCAAAACAACCAAAUUUAAGACCGAUACCAGACGAAACAAAGGAAUGAUCAAUUUAUCGUCAAAAUAAUCAUUAGUUGCAGCCCUAAUUUAAAUGUGUAAAACCACUUUUUAAGCUGCCUUUAAAUGUUUGUCCAGUACCUGAAGUUAAAUGUUCUCUGUGCUGCCCCUCCACUACAACAGUGCUCUACCUUUCACUUCUCUUUAAUGUAAAGUUUGUUCCAGAACAGUAUAUUUUAGGUUUGUUUACAAAGCAUUUUUUUUUUUUUUUAACUUUCAAUAUUUCAUCAUCAUAUGAACAAUAACUUUUUUAAAGUUUUCUUCACUAGUGGAAGCGGUUUGUUUAACAAAGAUAAUGUCAGUGUUACUUUUACUGCGAUGGAGGGAGGAUGUUUGAGAAACACACACCUGUGGUCAAGAGAUGUCGUUUACAUUAAUCUCUGUGGUUUUACCUGAGUUGAGAGAUGAAUUUAAGGUCACUACAGUAUGAACGGUUUGUUCUAAAUAUACAAAUAUACAACAGACGCUCUGCAAAACAUUUGUAAACCUUCACAUGGAGGUUUACAGUUCUUCACAUUUCUUAAAGGAAAAUUCUGGUAGACUGCAACUUAGAUUUUAUUUUCCUAGUUACUCAGCUCCUAUAAUAUUGUUCUCACCAAGAAAAGAGCUGACAUUGCUACAAUGAUGAUGGGGCUGCUGCUCUGUCAUUAGCUUAGCUGCACUUUAGGGUUGAGGAGGGUUCAACUGACGUUUAAGGUCAUAAAGUUCAAUAUAAAGACAGAUUCAUAAAGCUCCUAUCAUUUAAUUGAUUUCUAAAACUUAAAAUCUUUUACCUUUUAUCUUGUAGGCAACACUUAUAAUCAACUUUUAUAAUUGUGUGAUUAUAAUUAAAGUUUUCGCUUCUUCCUCAAUUCAGUCAAUUCAGAAACAGGGAAACUGAUAUGACCGACUCCCAGGCAGCAGUUGAAAAGUCGAAGUAAUCUCCUUUCCUAACCACUUUUUCUUGACCUUGAUGAACAACGUCAUGAGGUCAAGGAAAGAUGUGAAGAAUCAUUCAUAAGGACUUAAGAAAGGAAUCCGACUGCACUUACACUAGGCUUUUUUAUUGACUAUAAAUUCUCCUUUUCUGACCACGAAAACAAAGCAAACAGGAUUGAAAUGUUGAGAUAACACGAAAGAAAAAUACAAAUAAAGAAAGUUGAGCCAUUAAAAUAAUAAUUAAAUAGAAAUAAGGAACUGAGCAAAGGAUCAGAAUACAUUAUAUUCAGACAUUAUUCAACUCACUGCACAGGGAAAUGUUUUUAACCUCAACCGUAUCAAUCUCAGAAAACAGCUUUACCCAGGCCGUCACUACAGACGCGUGACGCUUAUGAUUUUGCGGUACACGUUGUUAAACCAGCCUCUCGUUACUCAACCUCACAUCUGAAUGUUGAUGCAGUCUCGUGUUGGGCCUGUGACAGUUUUGAAUGACUUCAGUCAGUUGCAUAAUUUGCAUAAUUGAGAUGAUGUUUACUUUUUUUGUUGUUGUUUUUUUCACUAUCAAAUAUCCCCCAAGGUCCAAUGUUUCAGUAUCUGGUGUAUGAAAGUCACACAGCAGCUUUGUCUCGGCAAUAUCACAGUAAGGCCAAAAAGGGAUUCUCAUUUCACAGGAAAUAUUAACAGUGCAGUAACAAACAGCUGUUCUCAUUAGUGUUUGCUGUUUCAGCACAUAUCAACGUGUUAGAGCCACACUGAACAGAACUUGUAUAUCCCUCUGACUCUGAGGCAACUCUAGAUCCUCAAGUUCAUUUCCAAGUCAAUUUACCAUUUCAAAAACUUUACCAACACAUGAUGCUGUUACCACACGGAUAACUACCUACUCUCAUGCAUGACAAAUGCAGAAAUGGCAAAAUUGAAAUCAUAUCAGUGUUCAGAUUUUUCAGGAGAAAACAAUGGAGGCGCUGAAAACUGUAAGAGGUCAGAUACUGUCUUCAAAUGUCCUCGAAGGCCCUUCACACCGUGUGAUUUUGAGCUAUCAGAGAAAAAAUAAAUAAGAAAUUUCACCUAAACUUCAUUCAAAAAUGCCAUGUGUACUUAAUACCACGUGGAUAAGCAGAAAGUAAAUCAGGACUAUAAUGUUAAAGAUUUGCAAAUGUGUAACUUGAUAUUUGCAUGUUUACAUAUCAAGGUUUGUAAAUGUGUAUCCAAAAUUGAAAAUGUGUUGAAAAAUGUUUUGGAUACACAUACAAAAUCAUUGUUCACAUCUACUUCUGCAUAAAGCUGAAGUUCUGAUUUUAUUCCCUGUAAAAUUAUGGAAAUUAUAUAUAUAUAUAUAUAUAUAUAAACAUAUUUGUCAUGGAUUAUUUUAAGUUUUGAAAAGUGCAAAGAGAAGGUGAAGGAGAAAAACCCUGGUCAAAUGGAUUCUGGACUGAACUGGAUUUUGUCAGGAUAAAAACUUAUCAGUGUCACCACACAUUACUUCUUGUUUUCAUGUGUAUGUUAAUUAAACAUGACGGACAAACUGACACUAUGGUUGAAGGAGGACCUUGAGUCAAAGCUCAUGAAGGUCUCAUGAAUGUCAACCAUGUGUGUGAUUUAUGGCAGAGGAAACAAAUACUGGAAAAGAAAAUCAGCACUUUGCCCCGAGGAAGUGAACUGUUUGCUUUCAUCCUGAAAAGCUCAGCGGGUCCAGGAGAGGACACAUCGACUACGAUGUCAGCAGCUCGGAAAGGCUGCCAUCCAUCCGUGGAUUUUUGUUGUGUUAAAAAAAAAAAGAAAAAGAAAAAAAAAAGUUGUACAAAUGAAUGAUUUUGCAGAAUCUGGGCCUUGUAAAUUUUAACUCGCCCUUUGUAGAAAUCACAUUUUAUAACAGAUUAUUCACGUGCUACGGUCCCUUUAGAUGUGGUGAAGGUUCUGUACAGUGACCAGAUCUACGGGACUGUUUAACUGUAAAUAAAAUCACUUACACUCUCA